UUAUUUUAAACACCAAGAGAAUCGCUCUUUUUCCAACUUUUCUCACGUAAGCCUGGCAGAAAUAAGUCAGUCACCAAACACAGUUUUCCCAACACGUAGUGUGUAUGUAAAGGUUUUUGACAAUUUGGAAACAGUUGUUCUUUAUUCCCCAAGGUUAUGGAGUAAGGAGAGGAAAGAAUGGAUGAUUCAGCAGCCUGAAAUAAUCUGUUCCCCCUCCAUAAAACGGGAAUAACUGCACUUACCAGCAAGAUUUUUUUUUCUGCUUAUUCCUCUCAUCAUCAACAAUAAAUCCUGUGAUUUUGGUAGCAUUUGCUCCUUGUUUGCCAGAGAUAUGAGGGGGGAACCAUAUAUUUCAGCUGGCUAAAAUAUUCCGUUCCCCCUCCAUAAAAUGGGAACAACUGCACUUACCAGCGACAUUUUUUUUUCUCUGCUUAUUUCUCUUAUAAUCAACAACAUGAAAAUGAUCAGAUCCGCCUCUUUCGCCUCUCUGGCUGUAAUGCGCGCUCCUGACGCAGGGGGAACAGAUUUUCACAGGGGAACCGAAUUUCGCACAAGACCGGAAGAGAAUCGACAGCACAGCUUAGCGUGGCUGUGGGUAAAAGGUGAACGCGCUGUUCAAUGUUUUCAGUAGAGGAAAUUAAAACAGGGAGGUCAACUUUCUGCAGCAUAUGGCCCCGGCACUGAUACUCAUGCGCAAACAGGUUCCAUUUAACAAUUUUUUUUAGAGCCCUUGAAAGUCCCAACAAACAUGUGUUUACUGAUUAGUGAAUGUGACCCGGAUGUUAGUGCUCCCUUCAACUAAAGGCUUUCUGGAUCGUUGUGACUGAUGGGUGCGAAGAAAAGCGCUUCCGAUUUGCAUGAAGGCGCAACACAAAGAGCCACUUGAAUUCUCCGGCCCAGGAAGCAAACCAAGAUGGAUCCGUCCGAUCAAAAGCACUUUUCAGCCGUCGACUACGUCGUGUUUGCCCUUCUACUGGCCGCCUCUGUGGCCAUCGGGCUGUUCUACGCCCUGUCCGGGGGCCGCCAACGCACCACGCAGGAGUUCUUGAUGGCAGACAGGAGCAUGCGGUGUCUCCCCGUUUCGCUGUCGCUCAUCGCCUCCUUCCAAUCAGCCGUGGCCAUCAUCGGCGUCCCGGCCGAGAUCUACACUCACGGCACCCAGUACUGGUUCAUUGGCUGCGCUUACAUUCUGGGGCUUUUAAUUCCUGCUCACGUUUUCAUUCCAUUGUUAUACAGGCUGAGGCUCUCCAGCGCUUACCAGUAUCUGGAGCUACGGUUCAGCAAAGUAGUGCGGAUAUGUGGAACGUUAACGUUUAUCUUUCAAAUGGUUAUCUAUAUGGGUGUUUGUGUGUACACGCCUGCUUUCGCUCUAAAUGCAGCUACCGGACUUCAGCUUUGGGGAACAGUGCUGGUAACCGGACUAGUGUGCACUUUAUACACGACACUGGGUGGCUUGAAGGCUGUGAUCUGGACGGACGUCUUCCAGACGCUGGUGAUGUUCGCGGGCCAGAUCGCCGUCAUCAUUGUGGGAGUGGACCAGACCGGAGGAAUGUCGGAGGUCUGGAGGAAAGUGACGGAGGGAAACCGCCUCUCUGGACUAGACUUGAACCCGGAUCCCACAGAAAGACACACCUUCUGGACCCUGGGGGUCGGCGGGGUUUUCCUCAUGUUGUCCCUGUAUGGCGUCAACCAGGCUCAGGUCCAAAGAUAUCUCAGCGCGCGGACAGAAAAAGAAGCUGUGAGGUCGUGCUACAUGGUGUUUCCUUCCCUUCAGCUGGCUCUGGGUCUCAGCUGCAUCAUGGGCCUCGUCAUGUUCGCACGUUACUGUGGAGAGGACUUUUCCGAGAAGCUGGGCAGCUCUUCCACAGAUGCGAUGGUGAUAUACUUCGUGAUGGACAUGCUGCAAGGCCUGCCUGGACUGCCUGGACUUUUUGUCGCUUGUCUUUUUAGCGCGGCGCUCAGUACCAUCUCGUCUGCCUUCAACUCUCUGGCCACCGUGACGAUGGAAGAUCUCAUCAAGCCGCAUUUCCCUUCCAUGUCGGAGGAGAGAGCGACGCUGCUGUCCAAAGCUUUAGCAAUGUCCUAUGGGCUGCUCUGCUUGGCCAUGGCCUACCUGACUCACCUCCUGGGCGACUCGAUCCUACUGGUAGCUUUAAAAAUCUUCGGGAUGGUUGGCGGACCCAUUCUUGGCCUGUUUUGCCUCGGAAUGUUCUUCCCGUGGGCCAACUCCACCGGUGCGCUGGCCGGUCUGGGUGCAGGUCUGGUCGGGGCUUUCUGGGUCGGCAUCGGCAGCAUCAUCACCCGCAGCUCUGGCGCUAAGCGGCUGCCACCCAGCUGCCACGUCAACACAACCACCGCCUUUCAGACGGCGAUCAGCAACGCAACGAGCUGGCCCACGGGGCUGCACAGGUUUUAUUCUCUGUCCUACAUGUGGUACGCCGGCUUCAGCUGCCUAAUAGUCAUCCUCGUAGGGCUGACCGUCAGCUUUCUAACAGGCCCAAUGAAAGAAGGAGAAGCGACACCUGGAACAGUCUAUCCCUUAUUAGGAAAACUGCUUUUUUUUCUGCCCGAACACAUAAAGAAGAAGGUCUGCUGCGUGACUCCUCUGAGACCGGCUGACCCAUUCCCACAAGAGCCACAUUCAGACAAAGAAAGCAACGGAGCCGCCCGGGGGCAACGCACGCCAUCGCAGCAGCCGGAGUGUUUACUGGCUGACGCCGACUCCCAUGUCAUCGAGUACGAAACAGCAGUGUGACGUCAACGUCAUCCAUGCACGCAGACGGAAAUCUCUCGAAACAUGAAGCACUCGGAGCGGAGCUCUGCAUUUGCAUUUGACAUAGUGAUGCCUUUCCUAUUGGGUGAAGGAUUUUUUUUAUCAGGUUUGCACUACGAGCCGCAACAGCAGCUCAAGCUUAUUUUUUUAUUUAUUUUUUUUAUUUUGUGUAAUUGAGUGAUUUGCAGCGGAGACGUUUUUGUAGAAUGCAACAGUAUGUUUCCGUUUCAGUCAGCUGCUUGAAUGUUUCAAUAGAUUGUCUUUAUACUUGUAAAAGUGCACUAUGAUAAAAAAAAAAAAAUCAAAGAUUAAGGAGCUGAUGAGCAAGUUGAUCCUUUUUCACCAUUUUUAAAAAAGAAAAUGUAUUUGAAUAUUUGAGAAAUAUUACUACAUCAUAGAUCGGAUUUCAAGUUUAUUUGAAAGCUGACCUGCUGAUCACAAUUUUUACUCUCUUUACAAUCGACUAGAACACCAGAGCCAAAAACAAUUGUGCUGGAGUCUCUUUCAUCAAGGUGCUAGUUUUCAAUGGAACAGAAAAUGAAUUGUCUCCAUUGAUGUAUUGUUGCAUAUGUGCCUAAUCUUCAACAGAUUUUUCUAUUAAUUCAAAAUAAGUUGAUGUGUUUAUAUACCAGAUAUGUUGAACUAAUUUCGGAGAUAUGAAUGAUCAGAGACGAUUCGCGACAAACUGGCUGAUUCAAGUCUUUGGGUGAUUAUUUGUUGCAUCUUUUCUACUGUGAGACUUGGCACCCCAAUUACGUCUAAAACUGUGUCCUGGAAUUAAGACUGUAAAACCUCUUUUCUAUAUGAGAUUAAAGAUUUGUAA